AUGGCAUAUGAACAAGUUCAAGAAGCCUCCAAGUUCAGGUCUAAAUGUAUUUAUGAUGUUUUCUUGAGUUUUAGGGGUGAAGACACUCGCAAAACUUUCACUAACCAGCUCUAUGAGGCUUUGGUUGAUGAGGGUCUUCGUACUUUUAAGGAUGACAAUGAGAUUGAAAGAGGAGAGAACAUUAACUCUGAACUGGAUAAAGCUAUCCAUCAGUCAAAGGGAUCAGUCAUUGUUUUGUCGCAAAACUAUGCCUCUUCCAGCUGGUGCCUUGAUGAACUUGUGAUGAUCCUGGAGAACAACAAGAACAGAGGACAUGUCAUUCUUCCUGUUUUCUAUUAUGUUGAUUCGUCUGAUGUCGAAAAUCAAUUGGGGAGCUUUGCUAUAGCUUUUGCUCGACAUGAAAAGAAAUUGCUGGAAAAUUCAGAAGAUAAUCAAGCAUGGGCUAAGCGGGUCGAAGGAUGGAGGAAAGGACUCAAAGAAGUAGCUAGUCUUGGGGGGAUGACUUUACAGGGCCAAAAUGAAAGGAACAAGACAAAGUUUAUUGAGAAGAUCAUCAAAGUAAUUGAAGAGAAAAUAAAUCGUUCAGUUAUAGGCAUUGCACCUUAUCUAAUUGGAAUAGAUUCUCGGGCGAAAGACCUUAAUCUGUGGUUAAAAAAUGGGACAGGUACAGUUAGCGUGGCUGGAGUUUGUGGUAUGGGCGGAAUUGGAAAAACAACAAUUGCUAAGUAUGUCUUCAAUGUAAACUACGAGAAUUUUGAAAGAAGCAGCUUUCUUGGGAACAUAAGACAAUAUUCUGAAUAUGAAGAUGGACUUAUACAUAUGCAAAAACAAUUUCUAGCUGAUAUUCUGAGAGGACAAAAAACAAAAGUUCAGAGCAUUGAUGAAGGAAUCUAUCAAAUCAAAGCUGCCGUUUAUGGAAAAAGAGUUCUUGUUGUUUUAGAUGGCAUUGAUAGACUAGAGCAAUUGGAUGCUUUCCUAGGAAUGCGAGAUUGGUUUCACCCUGGAAGCAGAAUUAUCAUAUCAACUAGGCAUUCAGAGUUGCUACGAGCUUAUGAAAUUGAUAUGGUCAACAUGGUUGAUAAAUUGAGUAAAGAAGAAUCAUUUGAGCUAUUCAGUUGGCAUGCCUUUGGGAAGAGCCAGCCAAUUGAACACUAUAAGCAGCUUUCAGAAAGAGUGGUAAAACAUUGUGAAGGACUUCCUCUAGCUCUUCAACUUGUUGGGUCUUCUCUGUCUGGAAAAGAUGUAGAUGUAUGGGAAAGUGCACUCAGUAAGUUGGAAGCGAUCCCUAACAGUCAUGUUGCUAAAAAGCUAAAAGUAAGCUAUGACUCAUUGCAAGAUGAUCAUGACCAGAACUUAUUCCUCGAUGUUGCCUGUUUCUUCGUCGCAAAGAACAUAAACAUUGUGGCUACAGUUCUUGAAGGUUGUGGUUAUUAUGUAAUAGUUGGUAUCCAGAAUCUGAUUGACAGGUUUCUCCUAACCAUUGAUCAAAAUGAAAAAGUUGUGAUGCACCAAUCUGUUAGAGCUAUGGGAAGAGAAAUUGUAAGGCAAGAAUCAACCAGGGAUCCUGGAAAACGCACUCGCCUGUGGCAUUACAAAGACUGCAUCAAAGUCUUGAACGAAAAGAAGGUAAGAUCAAUGCUUUAUGUUAGAUUGUCUCACAUUGGUUGA